CGGGUCACACACCGACACUAGACGCGCUCCGGCAAUCGCGAUUGAAAACUAAAAUAAUAUUUCGUAUUGUGUUUCAAAUUAAUAAAUCCGUGUAAAGGAAAUGUCUCCAUUUUUUAAAUAUUCAUAAGUUCAGGGAAACUCAUAAGUCCGAUUUGGAUUAGUUUUGUGUCAUGGAGGACGCGUUCAGGAAGCUGGAGAGAAAAAACCAGAACUCGGUCGACAAUCUGGUGCAGUGGAUGAAGGAUUCUAAAAUAGUGGACGGCGCAAAGGUCACCGAGGAAAAGGCGAGGCACCUCUUUGAUGACGUUAAAGACGCUUCCAACGUCGAGCUGGCCAAGUUCCAGGAAGCCAUUGGCAAACUGGCGAACGAACAGAAGAAAUCUAUUGAGGAUUUCUCCAAAACACUUGCAGCAGAGGCACCCAAGUUUCUGGAGGCAGCCAUGGCAGCAGCGACCGCUGCCGCCGCCGCCGCAGCGAGCACGUUCAAGGAAGCUUUGAGCAAAAAAUAAAUACGUCAAAAACAUGUUCUUAUUAAUAAACACGUGCCCUUCCCUUCUCUGA